GUGAGUGGACUUCCAUUUCCGGCGUUUUUCCAAGAAAAUCUCUUCUUCAACUCGAUUAAAAACAUCCUUCAAACUAACACCGAUCUAAGCCGCAAACUUGAAAAGUUGGCAAAUUGACAAGUUAUCAGUGUCAAAAUUCAUAUCCUCCUUCAUGGCUUCCUCCCCUCGAACUGGCCGUUCAGUCACCAAAUCUAGCGUCUCAUACGAUGCUGGUUUUCAAAGCAGUCUCCGAAAAUUGAAAGGCAAAGACCGAGAAUCCCUCAGACCCAAAACAAUCCUUACUGCUCCUAAAUACCAAGUCGUUCCUGUAAUUUUCGAUGGACAGGAUGUUAGUCCCAUAUCACUUAAUCCCUACGUAUUCGAAGGGGGGCGAGAACGCCAGAUUAGUAUCAUGGAUAACUUGACCAAAGACAGUUUUAUGCUACAUCACCACUCGCUAAGUCGAGUUGAAUCCCAAAAAUUUCAAACCAACAUCUUGCUUCAGAAACAAGAAGUCGAAACUGCAACUUACACACAUCGGAGUAUAGUAACUUCUGCUUAUUUUGGCGAUGAAAUUUUAUUGCCGGAUGUUAGUAUAAGAAGUAAAUCGGAGUUUUCGCAAGAAAUCGUGUAUGAUGAAGGAUCGGUUGAUGGGAGACCUGAACUCCCAAUUCCGGAACAUAUAAGUCUGAUACUCUCCGAAACUGAGACUAUUUUCUUAUUAGAUUUGCCAAGUUGUACCGUUUCAAAGGCCAGUGAGGAAGCUAACGACGUUGAAGAAGACAACAAAUUGUACGACUUUCUUACAAAAGGAAAAGGGCGCAAUCGGAAAGUCAUAACAGUAGGAAUACAAACUGUCCCAGUUUUGAAGAAAGCAAGGGACACAGAAACGAAAAAAAUGAGGUUUAGGAACACUUCGACUUAUGUUUCUGCUUGGGAGAUGUACGAUACGUUUCAAGAGUUGAAUCUUGACUCAUUUGCAGACGACGACGACGUGUUGAGUGAUGAAGAAAUGGGGAAUUUGAUUGAUGAUGACCAUAGGUUAAACGAUGAAGCCUCUUUAGAGAGUUAUCGGAUGUCAUCUGAAGAAAAACAGUUGAAUAAAAUUGUUAAAAGCAAAGCAUUUCUUGAUGCUCUUAUCGUAAUUGAAAGAAUCCUAGGGAAUAAUUGUUAUAACUCCCAACAAAAACGAUACAAAGGCCUUUCAGAACCGGACGUUUUCCGUGAAAAUAUCGAGUACAAAUACAGACUGGAACUUCUGUGGACUUAUUCCAAUGACGAAACCAACGCCAGAUGUGUCACCGGAGUAGCCUUCAAUUCUUUUAAUGAAGAUAUAGUGGCUGUAGCAUACGGGAAAUACUUCUACACUGAUAGGAGUUCAAGCGGAAUGGUGAUGAUUUGGAAUAUCAAAAAUCCACAACAGCCAGAACGGCAAUACGAUUUUGAAACUCCAGUAACAUCACUUGCGUUUUCUAAAGUGAACCCGAAUUUACUGGCUGUUGGGUUUUACAACGGCGAUUUGAAAAUCCUAGAUGUUAGUAAAAGGGAAAUUUCAGCGAUUAGGGAAGAUGACUCGUUUUUUGAACCUGUUUGGAGCAUAAUUUGGUUCCAACAAGGCGGUGAUGAAGAUCUGAUGGUUAGUUUCGGGGACGGGCGUGUUUGUCGCUACCAAAUAACUACAGCUCGUGAUUUGAAACGGACUCAGAUUAUGAUAACAGCAGCGGCGGAAGGGAAAUUAAAAGGGAUCAAGUAUUUAAAAAAAUGUGAAGGGAAGAACAUUUCUAUCUCAGGAUAUGACCAAGCGAGAUGCUUAGCGAUGCAUCCGUGUGACCCUUUUACUUAUUUUGUCGGAACGAGUGAAGGAGUGGUUCAUAAAUGUUCCACUAAUUACUACAACGAACACAUGGACUUAUUCAAAGCCCAUGAUGGUACUAUCCACACAAUACGGUUCUCCCCCUUUGCUAACAAACUAUACUACACUUGUGGUGAUGAUUUUAGGGCACGUCUUUGGGCAGACGGUAUUUCAGAAUGUUUGGUAACUUCAGAACCAUCUAUGUUACCAGUUCUUGACGUUGAUUGGAGUCCGGAACAUCCCACAGUCAUUGCAACAAUCCGUGGUCCCGAUAUUCUAAUAUGGGACCUUCAAAGGAAAAUGCAUCAAUCACAAUCUAUCAAAAAAACGCCCUCUAAUAUUUUUAAUACUGUCUGCAGAUUUACACCCAAUGGUCGUAGUUUAAUGGUCGGCGAUAUGAAAGGAAAUGUCCAUGUUUAUUCUCUGGAAGAUAUGCCCAUACCACCGUUUUUCCCCGAAAAUCUUAUCUCACAAAGCUUGAAAAAGCUCUUGGUUACGAAGCCAGAUUUGAUGAAAAAGUUGCGCAAGUUGGGGCCUUUGAAGUUUGACGAUAAACAGUUUUCAAAAUAUUUUAAUUAAUUUAUAAGAUUAAUUGUGUAUAUUUUGAAGAAAUAAAUUUUUAUUUUAUUUGAA